UGGUCACACUCAACCACCAUAUGACUUUUCUAGACGCGAAAAGUUACAGAAUUACAGAAUAAGUUAAUUAAAGUGAAUUUUACGCCGCCUAUCCUGCAGAUUUUCGAUGUCCCCAUCUUGAGAACUCCCAGUCGGAUAGCAUCGAUGUGCUAGCCAGCAGCGAGAUGGCCGGCAUGGAGGUAGAAUUUGACGAGGCGGUGGUCAAUCAGUUCAGCUGCAAGCGCUGCGACCGCACUUUUAAAAGUAAGCGGGACCAAACGCUGCACAGGCAGGAGGUGCACAACCACAACAAGACCACCUACGAGUGUAAGUUGUGCGCCAAGAGUUUCUGCAACUCGGGGAAUCUUGAUCGUCACAUGAAGGUCCACAACGAUGUUCGACCCUUCGUGUGCAACAUCUGCUCUAAAGCCUUCGCCCAGGCGGUGAACCUGCAACGACACUACGCGGUCCACAGCGGGGAGCGACCCUUCACCUGCAACUUCUGCAACAAGUCGUUCACCCAGCAGAGCAACAUGAAGCGCCACAAGAUGACACACACCGGCGAAAAGCCGUUCCGCUGCCAGCGGUGCGGCAGAUACUUCUCCCAGCUGGUCAACCUCAAGAAGCACAAGCUGGGCCACCUCAACGCCAAGCCCUACCAGUGCAACUACUGCGAAAAGGGCUUCACCCAGCUGUCCAACUUCAAGCGCCACCUGCAGUCGCACAUCAAGGAGGGCGUCGACGUGGAUGUGCCCGCCUCCAUCCAGGCGGCGGCCGCUUUGGCAAGGGAGCGCCUUGAGGCGGAGCAGAAACCAAGCUUUUUCGAGUGCAUGGUGUGUCGGGCCAUCUUCGAUACGUUCGCCGACUACGAGAAGCACGAGAGCAAGUGCCAUGAAGACCACGAGCGGGCCCAGCUGGAGGUCAACCAGAUGUCCCACAUGCAUCCCGAUGAUUAUUUGCCCAUGAAGUUCGCCGUGCCCGAUCUGGAUACGCACGAAAUCAUAAUUGAGACUACACAUUAGAAAUGGCGAUAAUGUUAAACAAAAAACCACGAAAACACACAAACCAACUCACACCUACACAUACAAAUAGCGGCGAUUGCGUCAAGAAGAUAAAUUGUGAAGAAUAUUGCAUUGAAAAUACAGAUAUGAAUAUAUAUGCAGGCCAACUUAGUUCUCCAUUGAAUUACGUCAAUAAAUGCAAUAAAUAUGCAGAAAAAACUGGUA